CUUCAGUCAAUUAUUUUUUUCUUUUUUUGAUCAAAGUUAUAACCACCGAUACCCAGCCAAUUUCAACCUUUUUUUUUGAAAAUUUUUAUUUUUAAUACGAAACAACGACCGUUCCGUUAUUGUGUGAACGUAAAUUAACCAAAGUGCAAUGAUUUGUGAUUGUUAAAAUUAAGAAAAGAGAGAAUCAAAACUAUUGGAUAUAUAUUUUUAACUUAAAAACUAAAAGAAACGACAAAAGCAAAGCAACAACAGAAAAAUGGCAACUCGAGGUGUUGGGCCAGUUGUAGCUGGGACGGAUGGCACUGAUUUCGAAUAUAGACAACGAGUAGCUGCACCGCAUCAAAUUAGCCUGUUAAACAAAUCCCGACUGAAAUAUUGCAUUUUCUUUCAUGCCCUGCUAUUUUUUGUAAUGUUAGCCAAGCUAACAUCCGAUAUUUUGGAUCGUUUGGACAUUUUUGUGUUAGAAAUUGAGGAGCUGGAGGUGCCAGCACCAUUAUGGUGGGAAUACAUAUGGUUGGCCUCGCUGUUGACAUCAUUUGUCGGUCUGUCGGCGGCCCGUGGCAAUAAAAUACGUGACAUGCAAAAGUAUAUGAUUACCCUGGGACUGUUUGGUGUGCUGCCACUGCUCUACUGUUUUGUCUAUUAUUUCGGUGAUGUUUUGGAAUAUCUUAGCCUAGAAGAUAAAUCCGAUUUGGAGGAAACCGAUAUUGUCCUGUGGAGGGGUCUACCCUAUGGCCUAUUGUGGUAUGCUUUCUGUUUUGUGGGUUUCCAAAUACACGGUUUCACUUUGUAUUUCUCCUAUAAUUUGAUCAAAGCCUGGAAGGCACGUUCUGCCCGUAAAUAUCAAUAGAUAUGUUAACAAAUCAUAUUUUCUAUCCAAUUUUUUUAAAUACUCUUGUUGUAAACUAGAAAAAAAAGAAAGAACAAUAUACAACUACGAAAAAAAUUUACAUAAAUUGUUAGACUAUUUUUUGAUGUUUCUAUACAGAUGCAAUUAAAUAACCAUUCAUAUUCAAUUUGAAAUUGGCAAAUACACAAAACUUGUAAUUCGUAAUGGCACAUUUAUUGAUUUAAUAUUAAACGUUAAACGAAAAACAACUAUCAAUUAAAUUGAUUCAAAAUAAAAAAGAAAAUAUCUAUCAGACACCAAGAAAAAAAAACUACUACCUGUUGUCAAUAAAUAAAUCUAUGUGGACACAAAUUUACUUUUCCUAAAUGUUUGUGCAGAAGAUUGUAACGAAAACCAAGAGACAUAUAAAGUUUAAAAUAUAUACAUAUAUUUGUUAAUGUAUUUUAAUAAAGUACUUAAACGCUAUA